GCCAUUUUGAAUUGAGAUUUGACUCACUUGGAAAAGAUAGCGUUAGCUCAGGUAUAAGCCCGGCCCGAACACCGGUGGCAAGAAGUAGAAGGGCUCAUAUGACACUGGUUUGUCCUGGCUGCCAGUAUUGUAUGAGUUUAGAGCUCUUAUUGAAUGUGCACCACACUGUCUGCCACUAGUUUAUCCUGAUAGUUUGCAGCGACAGCAAAGCAGAUGUGAUAGCCGACUAGCUAGCUGAGUUAGCUUGCUGUGGGGCUGAGCAUCAGCACCCAGCGGCUCUGAGGAGAGCAAAACACACCCCAGACCGGUCAACAAACUUCUUUGUGAGGUGUCAAUGUACUGAGUCAACCAGUGUCAAGAUAUUUAGCUGACCUACCAUAAGGAGAGAUGUAUCAGCUUCCCGUGAAUAACCUUACUAGAAUCAGACGAGCGAGGAAACAAGUGAAAAAAGCACUUGAAGACAUUGGACUGGACUACUGCAAAGAGGCAGCAGAGGAAUUCAAGGACUUUUGCCCUGAUGAGCAGUUUGUAAAAGGUAGUCUUUGCCUUGAUAUCUGUGCAUGGGAUCCAUCAGACUCUAAAACACAGGAAUAUAGAUCAAAGCCAUUUUGCUGCACAGAGUGCCCAUUUUCUUCCAAAUACUACUCAGGCUACAAGAAUCACUUCCGCAAUGUACACAGGAAAUACUUUGACUGUACACUCCUGCUCAGUUGUCCAUACUGCACAUUCACUGCAAGCAAGAGAACUUUAGAGACACAUGUAAAAAUAUUCCAUAUACCCACUACAGUGCGCAAGAGUUAUGGGAUCCCACAGGGGACUGUUGUGGGAAAGAAGAACAAAGCAGGUGAGAAAGUUGGACAGGGAGAUGGCGUGGAGAAAGCAAUGUAUUAUUGCAAAAAAUGCACGUUCCGAGACACUCUCUAUAACGUUGUGAGAAGGCACAUCUACAGGGAACAUUUUCAGCAUAUUGUAUCACCAUAUCUAGGUAUGGUCUCUGAAUCUUCCGUCAAAAAUGGAUCUAAUUCUGUCAAUGGCAACAACAUCCUCUGUAAACGCUGCCAGUUUUCCACUCGAAGCUACGAGGCUCUGGUACAACAUGUAAUAGAGUAUCACGAACGCAUUGGUGCACAGGUAACCACUAUGAUUGGACAUGCUAAUAUCAUUGUCUCCAGGAAUCAGUCCUUUCCAAUCACUUCGCAGAAGACCCCUCUUAUGAUGAGUAGGGGUGCAGUAGCACAAGGCCCAAUAGCACAACCAGUAAUUGGCUAUUUAAAGCCUGCGGCCCCUGUUGUUAAAAAUCCAUCCACCAUCACAGCUGGUAAGGUGCAUGUCAAACAUCCUGGCAACAACACUGUGGCUGAAAAUAGUUCUGCUGGUGUGAACACGGGUCAGACACAGAAGUGGAAGAUAUGCACAGUUUGCAAUGAGCUUUUUCCUGAAAACCUGUACAGUGCUCAUUUUGAGAAUGCGCACAAAGCAAAGAAAGUUUGGGCGCUGGCCAAGUACAUCAUGAAAAUCCACAACUUUACCAGCAAAUGCUUACUCUGCAACCGCUAUCUACCCAGUGAUACCCUGCUUAACCACAUGAUGAUCCACGGGAUCACCUGUCCACAAUGCCAUGCUGCUUUCCACAAUGUUGAGAAGAUCAUGGAGCAUGUGGCCCAGACUCAUCCUGGGGACUAUGUUGGACCCCCAGGUGCAUCACCUCUUACCUUUGAUCUCACCAUUCAACAAGAUAAGUUAAUUAAUGUACAGCUGCUUGUUCUAACUUUCAACAUGAAAGAAUCUGUCAAUGGUCAAGAUCAGCUCGCACCUGCUCAGGGCAGUUUUCCACCUUUGGUCAAAGUGAGCGCUCCAAAAAUUGCUGCUGCAAGUUUCCCUUCCCUGCCUCACAAAAGUGAGGUUGGUAAGACUCUGUGUCCGCUGUGUUUUACCAUCCUGAAGGGUCCUAUAUCUGAUGCUUUGGCUAUGCAUUUGAGGGAGCGACACCAAGUGCUUCAAACAAUGCAUCCUGUCGAGAAAAAGAUGACAUACAAGUGCAUUCAUUGCUUGGGAGUGUACACCAGUAACAUGGUUGCCUCCACGAUCACGUUGCAUCUUGUGCAGUGCAGGGCUGUGGGUAGGACACAGGCAAGCCAAGCCUUUAAGUCUUCCCUGACUCUUAACUCAUCAGGGGCUGGCUUCAUCAAGAGGCAGCUGCCAGCGCAGACCACGUCCAAUCCCAAGAGGUUAAAACUGAGCAAGGAGUCAAAGAUUUCCUCCACAACCAUUGGAAAGCUACCCGAAUCUGGGCUUGCUCUGGAUCCAAGAAGCUAUGAGCACAAGACGUAUGAGGCCAGGAAAAAUUUUCUGACGGCCUACUUCAACCGGCAACCAUACCUGUCAGCUCAGGAAGAGGAGAAGCUGUCUGCAAGCCUGUGGCUGUGGAAGUCAGACAUUUCUAGUCACUUUGUAAUGAAGCAAAAAAUGUGUGUGCGACAGUGUGAGACUAAGAAAUUGUCUGUGCUACUUGGCUUUGACAUGCACGCUGUCAAGAAAGUAAAGCAUGACUUGAUCUUUGAGGAGAGUAAGAUUGAUGGCCCAUCAGUAGAGAGACCUGGAGUUCUGAAGUCUGGCGCUCCAAACACAGACCAAAACAAGCCGUGCGAGACACUUAAUUGUACCUUGAAACUCAGUACAUGUACAGAGACCAUCUCCAUAGACUCUGACAGUGACCAAGAAACUGAGAAAAAAUCUGAGAAUGGAAAUGUUUCCACCAACCAACAUGUUAAGUCCAAUGACCCAGCAAACCUGACGGAUGAAGAAGAACCGGAUACCAAGGAGGAUCUUUCUAAAGAGCAGGAGAGCUCUUUGCAAGAUGGGAAAUCAAAUGCCUGGAUGACUUUCUGUUAGUGUUUAUGUCUGGAAGUGUGCCUUGGUUGUGAAACAGUUCAGUUUAGAAAGCAGUGUAUAAAUUCAGCUGGAGAGAAAGAACUUGGCUGAAAACAGUUACUUCUCACAAAUAUCUGCCAUGGGUCACAAAAAACUUAGCUUUCAAAUGUUAAGCUUGUUCUUAGAGUCUGAAAGAAGGAAAAAAAGUUACAUGUUGGUGCAUAAAUAUGACAUGUAAGUUAUGUAUAUAUUUUUUUUGCCAUCUUUCUUUGUUAGGCUCUUUAAACAGUCUGUCUUAUCCACAAGCUAACUAUCACAAGAUUUAUGAAGCCUACUUCCCUGGUUCCAUGGUUUUUCUCAAUUGUGAAAAAUAACUAAUUUUCUUUCACAUUUAGAAAGUGUAGGAUAUGCUUAUUAUUGCUUAUGUACACAUUUUAAUAAAUAUGUUUGUUUACA